AUGGCUAGAAACAUCAUUUCCCAAAUUGUUCUUGUUAGACCUUUACUUCCCCUUCUAGCAAUUUUUGUGCAAGCUUUUACAGCAGCAGAGUCAAUUCAAAAUGGAUCGAUAGGGCGUGAAGAGGCAUGGACCUACCUGAAGUCCUUUGGAUACCUAACCGACACUGAAAAUUAUGAUGAUAAGGCUUUGGAAUCGGCAUUGAAAAUACACCAGGAAACCUAUCAUUUGAAUGUUACAGGAAAGCUUGAUCCGGAAACCAUCAACCUAAUAACCACUCCCAGGUGUGGAGUUCCGGAUCCAAUUCUCGUCAAUGGGUCACAGUCACGUGGUGUUUGGAUCGGUUCAUUUCAUGUCCUUUUUAAACUUGGGGUAGAAAAAUGGCCAUCCACAAAGUACCAUCUCACGUACAAAAUCAACGGUGGAGCUCAAGCAAAAGUUGGAAAUUAUGCAUUGUUGAAUGCACUCAACUAUGGAUUCCAGCUAUGGGCUAAGGUUUCCAAGUUUACGUUUCAACAGGUCGUACCAAGUUCCCCAGCUGACCUUUUGAUCAGCUUUCAGAAUGGAGAUCAUGGCGAUAGAGACCUGUGGGAACAUGGGGUUUUAGCGUACGCAAAUCCUCCCACAGAUGGGAGGUUGCAUCUAAAUGCCGGUAUUGAUUGGAGUUUUAGGCCACCCAGUCGGAACCAAUUUGACUUGAUAUGGGUGGUUGCACAUGAAAUAGGUCACCUUCUUGGAAUUGAUCAUAGUCAAAAUACUAAUGCCAUUAUGUACGCUCAUGUUAGUCCAGGGAAGAGCAGGAGGGCUUUGCAUAGCGAUGAUAUUGCUGCCAUACAUGCUAUGUACCCUUAG